AUGGAUUCUUCCGAUACUGCGAACCAUGGCGCUGCAGAGACGACUCCCCUGCUACCUUCGUCCGACGCCUCUCGGCCGAAGCCCACACGAACCGUGACCUUUAGCGCGAACCCCGUCAGCCGAACCAUCGAGCCCGAGCCUCAGCGGUUACCAAGGAGCCAUGCCUCCCAUAACGUAAACAAUCAAGCCGGCGGUAGUGCUGUCGCCGGCCCGCCGAUGCUGGCGGCCUUGAACAACAAGCUUCGCAGGCGGAAUAGUCAGGGGUUUAUGCCCGUUGCGUCGGCACAGGGGCUACCCAAGAUUGGCCCACAAAGAAGCACCAAGAAGACGGAGAAGCUGAAGCUGCUGCCGAAUCUAGAUCUAGGAGAAGAGAAUGAAGACGAAGAAAGCGGGAGGGAUGUCUACGCCCAGUAUACCCGGAUCAAAGACCCGACGGCGCGAAGAGAUGCUGCACGGCUUGGAAAGGCGGACCGAGAUCGACUGCCGCGCGUGACCGCGUACUGUACCGCAAAUCGCUACGAGAUGGACGGGCUCAUGAGGUUCCUCAAAGGACGAGGCAAGACUCGCGGCGCGAACCCCAAGCUCAUCGACGAGUGUAUCUACACGCCCUACAUGUACGGCAAAAGUCAUCGACACCAUGAGGUGCCCGAGCGUAAUCAUGGCACUACAGAGCAUACCCCUGAACGACGGCACUCCACAGGGAGCGAACUAAUGGACGGCGAGGCUGAGAGAGAUCAUUUCAGAUCUCUGCAUAACGAUAACCGAGAAGACUCUGGCUACGGCGAGGGCCUCAUGAUUGACCAAGGUCUUGGUCGAGAGGAGGCUGGCGAACUUCCUAGCGAAGAGCUGUUAGGUCCCUCUAUGCCUGAGCAUACAUCCAUGAAGGACUCCGUACCGGACUUUGAUAUCCAGAUCCACACGCCAGAAGUCUUUUUGUUUGACUAUGGCGUGGUGGUCAUCUGGGGCAUGACCGAGGCGCAAGAGGCCAAGUUCUUGAAAGAUAUUGCCAAGUUCGAGCUAGAGAAGCUGGCUCCUGAUGAUGUCGAGACGGAGCAGUUCAACUUUUAUUACACCAGGGAAUACCAGGCGCGGAUUUAUAACGACUUUAUCACGCUGAGAGACAAGAACAAUUACAUGACCAAGCUCGCCAUUUCCCAUGCUUUGGCACAGAGCGUCAAGACUUCUCUUUUCGAAGAACUCAUCGCUUCUACUAUCGAGACCUGCAAGGACAUUCCGACUCAGAUCGCCCUGACGGGUAAAAUCAAUUUGAACCGGAAGCAGAUCAACAUGCAAAUCGGAGAGCUCUUCAUCCUGAGAAUCAACAUCCAUCUCAACGGCUCCGUGCUGGAUACUCCGGAGCUCUUCUGGGUCGAACCCCAGCUGGAGCCCCUUUAUCAAGCCGCCAGGAGCUAUCUAGAGAUGGAUCAACGAGUCGGCCUGGUCACGGAGCGGUUGGAUGUCAUUGCUGAUUUGCUGGCGGUUUUGAAAGAUCAGCUAACGCACGGCCACGGUGAAAUGCUGGAAUGGAUUGUUAUCAUUCUGAUUGCCAUGGAAAUCCUGGUGGCCGCGAUCAAUAUUGUAGUCGACUUGUACGCAGGGGAGAUCUGA